GAGCAAAUAAGCAAAUGACCAUCGCCUAUCGGGAAUGGACUACUAUGAACCCACUCGCUUCCAACUCAAAUCUGGACUGCGCCAUCUCUCUCUUCUGCCUUCCUGCGUCGCCUGCGCGCGUUAGGGUUUCUGAGUUGGGCCUUCUGGCGGUCGUAGAUGUGGAGGAGAUCUGCCUCCUUCGUCCUCGACAGGCAACCAAACCCUCCCGAUCGGGCGGGUGCGCCCUCCGACAUGACUGAGCUCCGCCAGCCGCCGGCCAGCUCGGCCUACUACCAGACCCGCGCCGAGCACCACACGGUCACCAGCGAUUGGCUGGCUCAGGCCCAGGCAGCCACCUCAUCAGACCGCACGCAGCCGAUCCGGCAGUUCAAGCUGCCCGAAGCCGACGGCGUGUGCUCGGACGGGGCCACGACCUUCAGCGUUAUCGAAGAGUUCAAUUACUGGAGGAAGAAACCGGAUCUCGCGGAGGCCGUCGCGGCAAUUAUGGCACUGGCUUCCGUCAUUCGGUCGAGCAAGGCGACGACGAUGAUGGAGCUCGAGAUUGAGUUGAAGAAGGCCGUCGAUUCUCUCAAGUCAUGGGACACAACAUCUAUUUCCUUGACAGCCGCCUGUGAUCUGUUCAUGCGCUAUGUGACAAGAACUACUGCUUUGGAGUAUGAAAAUUUUGAUGCAGCCAAAUGUCGUCUCAUUGAAAGAGGGGAGAAAUUUGGCGAGAUCUCUCUCAAGGCACGCAGAACAAUUGCAAUGCUUAGUCAAGAUUUUAUAUUUGAUGGUUGUACAAUUUUGGUCCAUGGUUUCUCAAGAGUUGUCCUUGAAGUACUUAAGAUGGCUGCAGGAAAUGGGAAGAUCUUCCGAGUCUUUUGUACAGAAGGAAGGCCAGAUAAGACAGGUUUACGCUUUGCAAAGGAAAUGGUUACACUUGGGGUGCCUGUAAAGCUGCUUAUUGACUCAGCAGUGGCGUACACAAUGGAUGAGGUUGACAUGGUAUUGUUUGGAGCUGAUGGCGUUGUUGAAAGUGGUGGCAUCAUCAAUAUGAUGGGCACUUAUCAAACUGCAUUGGUAGCUCGUAGCAUGAACAAGCCUGUUUAUGUAGCUGCAGAAAGCUACAAGUUUGCUCGACUCUAUCCACUGGAUCAGAAGGACUUAUCUCCAGCUCUUCGUCCAAUUGAUUUUGGACUACCAGUGCCUGCACCAAUUGAGGCUGAGUCAUCUGCAAGAGACUAUACACCUCCUCAAUACCUCACUCUUUUGUUCACAGAUUUGGGCGUGCUCACACCCUCUGUUGUGAGCGAUGAGCUGAUUCAAUUAUACUUGUAAUUCUAAUCAAGAUCCCGCAUGGACAAGGAUGCCAAUGUAACCCUUCACAGCGACCAUUGCGAUUGCUAAUUUGAUAUGGAACAUGGCCAUCUGGCCAGUCCUUACUGACAAAUUGCGGGACAAAGAUUUUGUUUCUUAUAAAGGCUGUUCAUAAGAAAUAUGAAUCGUUAGCUGGA